AUGUCAAAUUCCAGUGACUCCAGUCCAGGCAACUGGAUCACCGGCAGUUACACCGGGAACAGCGAUGGGGUGAAGAUCACCAUCGCGACCUUUGUCAGUGUCGCGUGGUAUAACGUGCUCGAACUGAUUGUCCUCAUCUUCCUCACCUUCAAGCGCUAUGAGGGCCCCUACUUUUGGAGCAUGCUAAUCGCCAGCGUCGGCAUCCUGCCCUACUCCGUCGGCUACCUGAUUAAAUUCUUCGACCUCACCUCGGCAACAUGGGUCCCCGUCACGCUAUUGACGAUCGGCUGGUGGACGAUGGUAACCGGGCAGUCCUUCGUGCUGUAUUCGCGCCUGCACCUGGUGAUUCAGAACAUCCGCGUGUUGCGCUAUGUGCGGACGAUGAUCAUCACCAAUAUCUUCCUGCUGCACGUGCCCACUACCGUGCUCACCUACGCCGCGAAUUUCUCCAACUCCACCACCUCUGUCGCGGGCUACGAUGUGAUGGAGAAAUUGCAGUUGACAGGCUUCUGUGUGCAGGAGGUGAUUAUUUCGGGCCUGUAUAUGUGGGAGACGAAUCGCAUGCUGCGCUUGAACCAAGACCAUGUCAGCCGGAAGACCAUCAUGCAGUUGUUGGCCGUCAACGUCUCUUGUAUCCUGAUGGACAUCGCGUUGAUGAUUAUCGAGUUCAUGAACUUCUAUAUCUACCAGACCACCCUCAAGGCAACCUUGUACAGUAUCAAACUGAAACUCGAGAUCGCCGUGCUGGGUAAGCUCGUCAACAUCGCCCACCAGCACAUGUGGCGGACCUCUUCAUUCAAUCCGGACGGGGGCCGAUGUCCCUCAUUCGUCGACCCGAGUCGAGCGCUGCAUGAUUUCAACCACCCGGACUCGCUGGCGACCAGCUCCAAUUCGAAGGGUCGGACAUCUGGAACCGAAGGUUUGGAGACGGGCAUUCCAUGA